CGGGCGGGGUCCGGCCCCGCGCUCCGCCCGGGAAGCGGCAGGCGCGGUCGGCGGCCGCGGCCGGGGAGCGGUGACACUCGGCGUCCGGCUCCGAAAUAGCUGCCCCGGGCUGAGCAUCUUGUGCUGGCCCGGCAAGGGGCCAGGAAGCUCCCACGGCUCCCCCCGAGAAGGAGGGGUGUUUGCGGCGGGGCACGCCGUGCGAGCUGGGACCAGCCAGCGCCCACCGCCCCUCGGAGCGCCUGCUGUUCAUCCCGCAACUUGUAGACAAUUGAACUUUUUCGUCUAUUGGUUUUCGGUGAAAACCACGCCAAAAUAGGCGAUACAAAGGGCGCGUGUCCGUGUUACGAGGGAGAUCCCUUUUCAGUGUUUCGCCACGAAUUCAGCCGUACCUCCUUUACUUAUUUUCAUCCCCUGCCCUGUUGCUGUUAGCAUUUCUACCUCUGUUUAUGGUAGUAGGAGGAGACAACUACUUGCGUUCUGCUUGCUGCUGUUGCUGACGGCAGAACAGCAAAUCUGGAGAGCAUGGCUUCUUGUUUGUUUUCUUUUAUUCCGCUGUGGAGAGCCGGUAAUGCUCUACCUACCAGUAAGACGGGCUGCUUGACAGCGCGGCAGACUUGUCUUUUAAUGUUGGGGUGAUGAUGUUCUCCACUAAUAUUUUGUUAGAACAAAAUAGGUAUUGGGUAAUCUGAUAGCAAAUAGAGCGUUUCUUUAUUUCAGUCGUUUUUUUAAUUCACAUAUGCAUGCGUGUGUUCAUUAGCUCAACUGCUCUGUUAAGAAUUUAAGCUCUGCAGCAUAGACUAAGUAGCUACAUAGAAAACAUUACUUUGUGUUUUUUGGGUAAGUACUGGAUAGCGGAAUGCUGAUAAGAUCCAGUGUUGUACGGAGCAUUAAAAGAGGGAACCCUUUGGGAGAAACAGUUCUUUGGAACUAGUUCAGUUUGAACGGUGUUUUUUGAAGUGUAUUACACAGGUGUCUUUUGUCAGACGUGUAGAUGGCUGGUCAGUUUCUAGUAAAAUACUGGCUGGUUGGUGUGCUCGAAGGUGAUGGGGCUGGAAUAACUGCAGUGCUCUCAGCGUGUGGAUUGAAUUCCUCAUUGCUUGCGUAUGGAGAUAAUUAAACCCUGCGUUUUCUGCAGCUGGUUGAGGGUGCCGUUCACUGCUGCUGUAGGUGGUGUUGCCUGUGUCUCGCUGUGGCAGUCAUGUGUGCAGCUGGAUAUGGCUUCAGCUCUGAGAUGCUGCUGUCUUGGGAAAUGUUGCUGAAGGGAUUUCUGGAUUCUGUGGCAGCAUUGAGGGCUUUGGGAUAACUUUACCUUAGCAAGAAAAAAGCUGUAAUUUAUACUAAAGAUGUAAGGAGGAAAAAAGGGGAGUUCACACUUGAUGCCUUUGUAUAGCCAUCUUUUUUAAGAGCAGUAAGGUUCUGCUGAGUACUGGAUACCUUCAGUAUUUGAGUACUUGUUGAAAUUAAUUCUUUAACCCGAUAGUUUGAGCUUAUAUUAACUAUAAAAAUAAAUCUUGGGCGAAGUGCUAUGACUGACACUUGUCUUUCAGCAAAAGAAGAACCCGUGUCUGUUUUGCCACGUAUAAGGAUCUUUUCAAAUUAACAGCAGAAAAAUAAAUAGUUCACUUUGAGAGAGCAGCACUGUGGUGUUAAGCUGACACAUUGAGGGUAAAUUCUUCAAAACAACUUAUUGUCAGUUUGCAUUAAGUUAUCUCCAUCUUCUUGCCCUCUCCGCAGCUUUAUCCUGAGAUAAAAUCUUGCCACUGCAAAGUGAAGUUUAGCAGAAAAUUCAGCCUUGAAAAAAACCCAAACAACCCAAAACAAAACUGAAGAAAAAUAGCUGGGAAAUAAAGACCUGGGCAGUACUUCAGUCCUACUUCGUUACGGAUUAUGACCCAACCAUCGAGGACUCCUACACCAAGCAAUGUGUGAUAGACGACAGAGCUGCGCGCUUGGACAUUCUGGAUACAGCAGGACAAGAAGAAUUUGGAGCCAUGCGUGAACAGUACAUGAGGACAGGGGAGGGCUUUCUGCUUGUUUUCUCAGUCACAGAUAGAGGAAGCUUUGAAGAAAUCUAUAAGUUUCAGCGACAGAUUCUUAGAGUGAAAGAUCGCGAUGAGUUUCCAAUGAUUCUCGUUGGUAAUAAAGCAGAUCUGGACCACCAAAGACAGGUGACACAAGAGGAAGGCCAGCAGCUGGCACGGCAACUUAAAGUCACGUACAUGGAAGCCUCAGCAAAAAUCAGAUUGAAUGUAGACCAAGCUUUUCAUGAACUUGUCAGAGUUAUAAGGAAAUUUCAGGAACAAGAGUGCCCUCCUUCACCAGAGCCAACACGGAAAGAAAAAGACAAGAAAGGCUGCCAUUGUGUUAUUUUCUGAGAAUCCCAAGAACCAAGCUAUCAACUGCCAGAUCAUAAUUUUUUCUUUCCAUCAUUUUACAUCACUUCUGGUAUUGGUCUAGCCUUAUAUGUGCAUGUCCUAAAAGUGGUCACCGGAAUAGCCUUAGUCCAAGAAGCUGGCAGAAUAGUUCUUGAAGAAGACUCGGUCAUCCUGAGGCAGACUUCAAACCAAAACACUAAGGCUGCUUCUCUAAUACCACAGUUCCUUCCUUCUCUCCCUUCAGAGCUUGCACCUUGUGGAGUUUUAUUCGCAAAGGAGAUGAAACAAAACCGUGUAGGACGAGGUGUUGAAGUCAUGCAUAAGUUGUCUCUUGUGAAUUAAUUUAUUUUUACUUCUGACAUGUCAUUAGCUAUUGCAGAGACCUAUAUUGGAGUAUAGAGAAUACUUUUUAAAAACGGGGUGGAUUGGCUUUUUUUUGUUUGUUUGUUUCUGCCCUCAGUUAAAUUAGACUUGAGUAUUCAGCUAGCCUUAAGAAACCUACACUGAAUUUCAUUGUCAGCAAAAAUUUUCAUCUCUCAUUUAUGCUGCAGUUUUAUUUCGGUGGCCAAAACAUUCUACUGUAUUUAUUUUUUGAAUCCAGAACAGCUACAGGAUGAUUACUACUACUAUUAGGAUAUGGCCAAAUACCUGAGCUCAUUCUGGAUUGAGGCAUUUCAGCUUAUUAAGAAAUUUCACAUUAUGUUUGAAAACAAAUUGUGUCUUCCUUUGUAUUUCUGGGUAAGGGAUUAAGGAAAACUAAAAUUGUAGCUGUUUUUGUUUCAUGUGAUAUAAAAACGAAUUUGAUCUUUCCAUUGUCAGAGAUGAUUAAAUGUUUUUGCUAUAUACUUUUAUACAUUAUUUUCUUAUCAAACUAGUUAACAAGUAUUUUUAUAUGUUUGUAAGCAAAUAUGCUUUCACAGCAUAACUUGUGUAUAUGUAAAGAUGAGUAUUUAAUUCUCACAGUUCACUUUUAACUGACAAAAUGUGGGAUUUGCCAAACUGUGGUGAAUUUCUCCUUACUCUCCCGGUUAUACCCAAGAAUGGCCAAUUAUGUGCCUGCCCAGCACACCUAUAGAGUAAAAUCUAGUGUUGUGUUUUAAUGAAUUUCAGCAUCCCUUACUAAAGACUGACCAUUAUGUGAAUUAUUAAACUGUAAGACUUUUAACUGAUUGUUUAGUUAAACUGUGGAUGGUUGUUUAAUUUUGAGUUCUGUGGAUUGUGUUUAAACAAUUCAAGAGUAUGGUCCCUGAUAUUGAAAUACUGAGUGGUAUUGCACAGUUGUCACCUUAACUGAAUGUGUCCAACAGUUCUUUGAAACUUGAUUAUUAAGCAAACCCUUGUAUAACUUCAGGUGCUAGAAUUAAAGAUGAUCUAACCAUUUUUGGGGGGUAAACA